AGCCUCUCAUCAGUCAGCUCAAAAGAAGAAGACUCAUUUACUCACUGCUGAGUGCUGACAUCCCCUCUUCUUCUUGGGCUGCGUUCACUUCUCCUUCCUCCUCCCCUCUGUAAAGCAUAAAGCCCCCCAGAUUCCGGUCCUGAGGAGCAAGAAUGCCCAGGAAACAAACAUCCCCUUUCCUGCUGUAACCUUUGGACCAACGGACGGAAGGGGACCGGAGGGGAUGGACCGGCGGAACCAUGGCGCCCACGGCGGAGGCAAGAUCAGGAUUGGUGUCUGCGUCAUGGAGAAGAAGGUGUCGUGUUCUCCCAUGGAGCAGAUUCUUGAGAGGCUGCACGCCUUCGGCGAGUUCGAGAUUAUAAUUUUUGGUGACAAGGUAAUUCUAGAAGAUCCCAUCGAAAGUUGGCCUUUAUGUGACUGUCUAAUCGCCUUUUAUUCAGCUGGCUACCCAUUAGAAAAGGCGGAGAAAUAUGCUGUUUUACGCAGGCCUUUUUUGGUCAAUGAGUUGGACCCACAAUACUUGCUUCAUGAUCGCAGCAAAGUAUAUGAGCACCUUAAAUUGUUCGGAGUUCCGGUCCCUACUUAUGCUGUUGUCAGAAGAGAGCAUCCUAAUCAAGAGUUAAACUACUUUAUCGAGCAAGAUGAUUUUAUUGAGAUUCAUGGAAAGCGUUUUUGCAAGCCUUUCGUGGAGAAACCCAUCGAUGGAGAUGACCAUAAUAUAAUGAUAUAUUAUCCUAGCUAUGCUGGUGGAGGAAUGAAAGAACUGUUCCGUAAGGUUGGCAAUAGAUCUAGUGAAUUUUAUCCAGAAGUUAGGAAGGUGAGGCGAGAUGGAUCUUACAUUUAUGAGGAGUUCAUGCCUACAGGAGGAACAGAUGUCAAGGUUUAUACAAUUGGACCAGGAUAUGCACAUGCUGAAGCUCGUAAAUCCCCAGUUGUAGAUGGGGUUGUCAUGAGAAAUUCUGAUGGAAAAGAGGUCCGCUAUCCUGUUUUACUGACCCCUACCGAGAAACAAAUUGCACGGAAUGUUUGCCAAGCCUUCAGACAAGCGGUAUGUGGCUUUGAUCUUCUAAGGUGUGACCUGGGGGAGGCAAGAUCUUAUGUAUGUGAUGUGAAUGGCUGGAGUUUUGUGAAAAGCUCAUACAAGUACUAUGAUGACGCUGCAUGCAUUCUGAGGAAAAUGUUUCUUGAUGAGAAAGCUCCACAUAUUUAUACCAUUCCUGCUCAUCUUCCAUGGAGAAUCAGUGAGCCAGCGCAACCAUCAGAUGCUGUAAGAAAUCGAGAACAGGGAACUGUGGGCAUACCUACGCAGUCAGAAGAGUUGCGCUGUGUCAUAGCUGUUAUACGCCAUGGGGAUCGCACACCAAAGCAGAAGGUGAAGCUGAAAAUAACUCAAGAGAAGCUUUUAAAAUUGAUGCUGAAAUACAAUGGCGGAAAGGCCCACGCGGAGGCGAAGCUUAAAAGUGCCUUGCAACUGCAAGAUCUGUUAGAUGCAACAAGAAUCCUUGUACCACGUGCUAGAUCUGGCCGUGAAAGUGAUAGUGAUGCUGAAGUCGAGCAUGCAGAGAAGCUACGGCAAGUUAGAGCGGUUCUUGAAGAGGGUGGACACUUUUCAGGUAUUUAUAGGAAAGUACAGCUAAAACCAUCAAACUGGGCCCAUAUUCCUAAAAGUAGUGGAGAAGGGGAGGAGGAGGUUCCAAGCGAAGCCCUAAUGAUUCUUAAGUAUGGUGGUGUUCUAACCCAUGCAGGAAGAAAGCAGGCAGAAGAGCUGGGAAGAUAUUUCAGAAAUAAUAUGUAUCCAAGUGAAGGACCAGGAUUGCUUCGCCUGCACAGUACAUAUAGGCAUGAUCUGAAAAUAUAUAGUUCAGAUGAAGGUCGUGUCCAGAUGUCUGCUGCGGCUUUCGCUAAGGGUCUUCUUGAUUUGGAAGGGGACUUAACGCCAAUCCUGGUUUCACUAGUGAGUAAGGACUCGUCUAUGCUUGAUGGACUGCAGGAUGGUACUAUUGAGAUAAGUGAAGCAAAGGCUCAGUUGCAUGAUAUUAUCAUCUCUUCAAAAGUUGCAAAUGGUGGUGAUCCUGCGGGGUUUCCAUGGAUGGUUGAUGGGGCUGAUGUGUCUACAAAUGCUGCUCAGCUUCUAACAGAUUUGGCUGAGUUAACAAAAGAAAUAACUUCACAAGUGAAGCGGCUCUCUGAUGAUGAAAAUGAGGAGGUUGCAACCGAUAGUGACUCACCUAAUCAUCCUUAUGAUCAAGCGAAGGCACUAUGGAGAACAGAAAUUGACAUGGACCGCAUCGCUGCUGGAUUGCCUUGUGGCAGCGAAAGCUUCCUUUUGAUGUUUGCCCGUUGGAAGAAACUAGAGAGGGAUCUCUACAAUGAAAGGAAAAAGCGCUUUGACACUACACAGAUUCCUGAUAUAUAUGACUCUUGCAAGUAUGACCUUCUGCAUAACUCACAUCUCAAUCUUAAUGGUCUGCAUGAUCUCUUCAAAGUAUCUCAGUUGCUAGCUGAUGGUGUCAUUCCAAACGAGUACGGGAUAAAUCCGAAACAAAAACUCAAAAUAGGUUCAAAGAUAGCACGCCGUUUAUUGGGCAAGAUUCUGAUUGACCUGCACAACACCAGACGAGAGAUUACCGAGGUAGCUGCUGAAUCUAGUACACGACAUGAUCCAAUAGUAGUAUCUUCUACAAAACGAAAGGAGAGGUGUUACCAUGAUAGUGUUAGGAAUGAGAAUUUUGAAGGAUCUAGCACAGACGAGAAGUCAGUUGAUCUAGAUUCCCAUAAAGAAACAAAAUACUGCUUAGAUCCGAAAUAUGCAAAUGUGUUGGAUCCCGAGAGACGUGUUCGAACAAGGCUCUAUUUUACAUCGGAAUCACAUAUACAUUCUCUAAUGAACGUACUUCGAUACUGCUAUUUGGACGAGUCUCUGAAUGGAGAAGAGAGUCUUAUCUGCAAAAAUGCUUCAGAUCAUCUAUUUAAAACAAAGGAACUUGACUACAUGAGUUACAUUGUGUUGCGUAUGUUCGAGAAUACGGAGGUGCCUUUGGAAGAUCCAAAGAGGUUCCGUAUAGAGAUGACAUAUAGUCGUGGCGCAGAUAUAAGUUGCUUAGAGAGUGCAACUAACACAGAUUAUUUUCUACCUGAUGACCACACAAUGCAAAUUAUGGAACCGGAGCAAUUGCAAGAAGUUGGUUCAUAUCUCACCUUAGACAAAUUUGAUAAAAUGACCCGCCCAUUUGCAAUGCCAGCUGAGGAUUUCCCCCCAGCUACUCCUCAAUGUUUGGCAGUCCGCUUCUGUGAAGAUAUCGAAUCGCAAGGAGCAAGACGGCAACAUUAGUGAGACAUGCUGAGUGGUACCCCAGAAGGAAGGCAAGAAGCUGCAAGAAUAGCACAUAAUUGCUCAGUUCAGCUGCAAUGUGUUCUGAGUCAGUAAAGUCACCAUUAAUGAAAGAGCUCAAGUAAGUGGUGUACCAACAGACUGAAGUUGAUAAAGCACCCAACUAUCACCAAGAUGAGGCAAACCAUUCAGUGAAAUGCUGGCAAGGUCCAAUGACAUCAUGCUGCAGAAAGAAUCUCGCCCACACUGAGAAAGAAACUUGCUCAUUUCCCAGAUACUAAUGUGUAAAUAAUAGCUUGUGUGUAUAGGCCAACUAUUUGAUACCAUUUCUUCCAUGAUAUACAUGGAGUACAGAUGAUGUGCCCUUUAAAUUUUACAACAUUACAGAAAGUUUAACCAGGAGUUGCUUUCUUUUUGCUUACACCACUUUGUUUCUAGUACAAAUGUAAUCAUGUAUAAUGCCUGAUUUGCAUGGUAAUAAAUUAAUUCAGUGAAAA